GGACUUACUGUGCUUAUAAUCUUUGGCCUCAUUGAAACUUUCAUGCCUAUAGAGAUUCUUACUGUCUUUUGACUUACCUUCUCUCAUACGCCUAAAUCAGAACAUGGAAUUGGAAAAAAGUUGUUUUUUUAAUUUUUUCUUUUUUGUGGCUUGCAAGUUCAUGGCAAGUUAAAAAAGAAAUGCUGAAUACAGUAUUUAAGACUCCAAAUGACUUACAACAUGUUAGAAUAGUUAAGGUGUUUAGAACUUUUGAAACUCAUGCAAAAAUAUCAUUGAUCUGUUCCCGCUGAAUUAGUUUCUCAUUUUCCCCCUUAAGAGGUGCAGGUCGCUUAUCAGAUUUAGUUCAUGGUGGCAUGUAAUGUAGCUCUCUCUCUAUUCUGAUCUUCUUCAUCAGGAUGGAUUUAUGAUUCAUUCCACACUGUUUUUUUCUGUAUUAUACUACUAUCCUGUAGAAAGUUUUAAGCAACAAAAGCCAGCUUGUUAUAAGAUCGUAAUGCAGUAGUGUACAUAGUAGAAAUGACAAGCCAGCCACCUUCUUUGGGAAACUACUUUGAUUCCCAGUGCAUUUUCUCAAGUUGAAUCUGUUCAACCUAUGAUUAUUUUGAACUUUGGGAGUUUAAGCGAUGAGGCAAUGGCACAAGGGACUUUUAUUUAUUUACUUACUUAUUUUUGAGACAGGGUCUCGCUGUGGAGUCAGGCUCACUUUGGACCCACUCAUGGAGCUUAGGCUGCCUUCAAACUCACAGGGAUCCUCCUGCCUCGGCUUCCCAAGUGCUGAGAUGACAGACAUGUGCCACCACAGCUGGCUGGGACUAUUUAUAAUUUUGAAGUACAUUUAAAUUGUGAGCAUUUAAAAAAGCUCAAAUAUGAUAAUUUGUGUAGGAAAAAAUGAUUGCUACCUACUUGCUAGGUCUUCCUGUUCCCCCACAUGUGUCUGAUUUACAUGAUUGGAUGGGUAUAUAGAAGUUUUCAUAUGUUAUCUGUCUUAAGUUCACACACUGAAUUAAUUUUAAAAGUAUAGAUACUUAUGAGCAGGUAAUAGUAUGUUCUGGUGGUUUGAAAUCAAAGGACAUCAAGGGACACAGAGUGAGAUCUCUCUCUUCUCCUUUGUGACUGCUCCAUUCCACAGAGGCAGCAGCUGUUACAAUUCCCCUCGUGCCCACCAGAGACUUUCUCUGAUGCCCAAGCAAAAACGUGCGUGGCUUUGCCCUUCUUUUGCACAAAUGCCAAACUGCUGCUCUGUACCUUGCUUUUCUUUCAGAUGUGGCCUAUGCUUGAGCCGUGUCAGGACACAGGGAACUUCCUCUCUCUUUCUUGCAGCUCCUGUUACUCACUGUAUGUUUGCACUGUGACUUCCUUCCCCACCCUGCUUUUCACUCCCGCCGCCUGUGCUGGGGAUUGAACCCAGGCCCUCGCACAUGCCACCUGUCCAUUCUGCCCAGGCUGCAGCCACAGCUCUCCAGCCCACUGUCAGUGGGAGUCCAGCUCACUCCAGAUCUCGUAAAACAACGGCGCAGUGCACAGCAUGCACGGAUACCGACAGAGGACACUCCUCAGAGAGUGGCCGACCUCAUGCACUGACCACUGCCAGCUGCAUCCGCUCUGUUCAGAGCCUGCAGCUCUUCAGGGAUUUAGCUCAGUGGUACCGCUGCCUGCUUCCCAAGCGCAAGGUCCUGAGUUCGAUCCUCAGUACCGAAAAACAAAACGACAGAGCCUGCAGCUCAAAGGAGUGAGCUCUCUAAGACAUACUACUAUGAAGAAUAAUAAACACAUGGAAUUUAAAAGCCAGCCUAGAAGGCUUUUAGUCCCAGCCCUGCUCUUUAGCUGCAUGGCCACGGCACCCAAACCACCACCGAAACGACUUUUGCACGUUCAGUCAGCCCUCUCCUCACCAGGCAAAGCCCGGCCCGUCGCCCACAGGAGCCAGAUGCGUGCGCUCCCAGCAUGCCUUGCAGCUGGAGCUGUCUGCAUCGCUGGGGUCCGUUUAUUAGACCCACACUGGGAACUGGAAGCUGGCGAGGAGAGACUCCAGGACCAGCGCAGUCGGUUUCUAGGCCGGUUUCCAGAGGUGUUCAUGGUUGUGGGCCUCGUGGUGUUGCCAGGAUCCAGGUCUGGUUUGUGUCCAGAAUCAUGGAAAGAAGUGAGGGACUGCACCACCAGGACCCACCCAGAGCGUGUGUGCUAUCAUCUGCCAGGUGUCUCCUCACCCGAUGAAGCUGACGGUCAGGAUUAGCGUCGCAGUGGCACCGGGAAGUGGAACCCAGCCCCUGCCUGUGACGGGCCGACAGUACCACUGAGCCACGUGCCAGCCCCGAAGAGAGGGUUUUCUACAGAAGACAUUGCCCUAUUGGACAUCUGGUGAAAUAGAAACUGUUUUCAUUACCUAAACAGUCCUUAGGGAUGAAGCGGCAUUUAAAUUGUGUGAUUUACUUUCAAAUGACUCAUGAAACAAUAUGCAUUGUAUAGAGAGGUAACUGUGUAGUUAAAAUGAUGAUAAAUCUAUGUACAAUAUAUAUAGAUAAAUUGUGUGUGUUUGUGUGU